AUGGCGGCUAAGAAACUCCGUGAGACCUUCUCCAAGAGCCUGAUCGACGACGUCCAGAAAUGGGGUUGUAUGAAACAGACUGGGGUUAGCUUGAGAUACAUGAUGGAGUUUGGUUCGAAGCCUACUGCCAAGAAUUUGCUCAUUUCUGCUCAGUUUCUUCACAAGGAGCUUCCAAUUCGGAUUGCUAGAAGAGCUAUUGAACUCGAGAAUCUUCCUUAUGGUCUCUCUGUUAAACCUGCUGUUUUGAAGGUACGUGAUUGGUAUUUGGAUUCUUUCCGUGACCUUCGGUCCUUCCCUGAGAUAAAGAAUUCAGAUGAUGAAAAGGAGUUUACACAAAUGAUAAAGGCAAUUAAGGUGAGACACAACAACGUGGUUCCAAUGAUGGCUUUAGGCGUUCAACAGCUGAAGAAAGGCCUAUGUCUGAAUAGUAUUGGUUAUCAAGAUCUUCAUGAGAUUCAUCAGUUUUUGGAUCGCUUCUACAUGUCAAGAAUUGGGAUUCGCAUGCUCAUUGGGCAGCAUGUGGAAUUACACAAUCCCAAUCCCCCUCCUGACUGUGUAGGAUAUAUACACACAAAAAUGUCUCCUGUGAAGGUUGCGGAGAGUGCCAGUGAGGAUGCUCGUGCAAUCUGUUUACGUGAGUAUGGCAGUGCCCCCAAUAUCAAAAUCUAUGGAGAUCCGAGUUUUACAUUUCCUUAUGUUCCAACACAUUUGCAUCUUAUGGUCUUUGAGUUGGUGAAGAACUCAUUACGUGCCGUGCAAGAGCGUUUUAUGGAUUCUGAUAAAGUUGCUCCUCCAGUUAGAAUCAUAGUUGCUGAUGGAAUUGAGGAUGUCACUAUUAAGGUAUCAGACGAAGGUGGUGGCAUACCCCGAAGCGGCCUUCCCAAAAUUUUCACUUACCUCUACACCACUGCCAAAAACCCUCUGGACGAACAUCCAGAUCUGGGAACAGCGGAUUUGGUGACAAUGGCUGGAUAUGGUUAUGGCCUUCCGAUAAGCCGUCUGUAUGCUCGCUAUUUUGGCGGGGAUCUGCAAGUGAUCUCCAUGGAAGGAUAUGGAACAGAUGCAUAUCUUCACCUGUCUCGUCUGGGGGAUUCACAAGAACCUCUGCCAUGAGGAAAAGGAAGAAUUCCAUGGGGGAUUUGGUAUAUAUUGAAAUUGAUCCAAUUGUAAUAACUUGGAAUUUAGUAAGCGCAUUCUUUUUCCGUUGCAUAUUCUGCCUUUUGCGUUGUGCAAAAAUGCAUUUUCUCACUACCAUUUAUUAUUCCAUUGGGUUAACUUUAACCA